AUGGUCUACUGGAAGGCUCUCUUGUACGCGGGGCUCGCGUCUGCCGCGGCCCUGUUCAAGAAAGAUAAUGCCACGGCCGCCGGCCUGGACCAAUGCCCGGGCUACAAAGCGUCCAAUGUUCGCGUCACGGCGACUGGUGUGACGGCCGACCUGACGCUGGCCGGCGCUGCCUGCAAUGUCUAUGGAACAGACCUUCCGCACCUCACUCUGCAGGUCACCUACCAGACUGAGGACCGCAUCCAUGUUCUCAUUCAGGACCAGGGCAACCAGGUCUACCAGGUCCCCGAGUCCGUCUUCCCCCGCCCGGGAGGCUCAGUCUGGUCCCAGACGAGCAAGCUCAAGUUCAGCUACACGGCGAAUCCCUUCUCCUUCAAGAUCACCCGCGCCAAGACUGGCGAGGUCAUCUUCGACACCUCGGCGGCGUCUCUCGUCUUCGAGUCUCAGUACCUCCGCCUCCGGACCAGCCUGCCUGCAAAUCCCAACCUGUAUGGCCUGGGAGAACAUUCUGAUUCUCUGCGCCUGGAGACGACCAACUACAUCCGCACGAUGUGGAACCAGGACAGCUAUGGCAUUCCCAGCCACGCCAACCUCUACGGAACUCACCCGUUCUACCUGGAGCAGCGAGCCACUGGUGCUCACGGUGUCUUCUUUCUCAACUCCAACGGCAUGGACAUCAUCAUCAACAAGGACGCCUCCGGCAACCAGUAUCUCGAGUACAACACCAUUGGCGGCGUUUUUGACUUUUACUUUGUCGCCGGCCCUACGCCCGUCGCGGCUGUGCAGCAAUAUGGCGAGUUUGCGGGCUUCCCAACCAUGCAGCCAUACUGGGGCCUAGGCUUCCACCAGUGCAGAUACGGAUACCGGGACGCCUUUGAUGUCGCCGAAGUUGUCCAAAACUACAGCUUGGCCGGCAUUCCCCUGGAGACCAUGUGGACGGAUAUUGAUUACAUGGACCGCCGCCGCGUCUUCACCCUCGACCCGGACCGCUUCCCCCUGUCCAAGAUGCGAGAGCUUGUCGACCACCUGCACGCGCACGACCAGCACUACGUCGUCAUGGUUGAUCCGGCCGUUGCCUAUCAGAACUACCCGCCUGCCAACCAGGGCCUCGAGGACAACGUAUUCAUGCUGCGGUCUAACGGCUCCGUGUGGAUCGGCGUGGUGUGGCCCGGCGUCACCGUCUUUCCCGACUGGUUCUCGGCCAACAUCACGCGGUACUGGAACGGCCAGUUCCAGACCUUCUUCGACGCCGACACGGGCCUGGACAUUGACGCCCUGUGGAUCGACAUGAAUGAGCCCAGCAACUUUCCGUGCAACUUCCCCUGUGACGAUCCCUACAAGGCCGCCAUCGGCUAUCCUCCGGCCCCGCCGCCGGUCCGUGCCCCGCCUCGUCCGCUGCCCGGCUGGCCCAUCCGCAACAUCGUCCCCAACAACAAGCCCAGCAGUGGCAGGGGGGACCAAAAAGGGCUUCCCGGCCGCGACUUGCUGUAUCCCAAGUACGCCAUCCACAACAAAGCCGCCUACCAGGACUCGUGGAACGCCGACAAGGGCGGCAUCUCCAACCACACGGUCAACACGGAUCUGAUCCACCAGAACGGUCUUGCCAUGUACGACACGCACAACCUCUACGGCACCAUGAUGUCGUCGGCCUCCCGCGACGCCAUGGAGGCUCGCCGCCCCGGCCUCCGCCCCCUGGUCAUCACGCGCAGCACUUUCGCGGGCGCGGGCUCCAAGGUCGGCCACUGGCUGGGCGACAACAUGUCGCAGUGGAGCUACUACACCGUGUCCAUCCGGACGAUGCUGGCGUUCACGUCCCUCUUCCAGUUUGGCUUCGUGGGCUCCGACGUGUGCGGCUUCGGCGGCAACACCAACGAGGAGCUGUGCGCGCGCUGGGCGUCGCUGGGCGCCUUCAACACCUUCUACCGCAACCACAACGACUAUGGCAACAUUGGUCAGGAGUUUUACCGCUGGCCGUCCGUCGCCAGCGCCGCCAAGAAGGCCAUUGACAUCCGCUACCGCCUGCUCGACUACAUCUACACGGCGCUGUGGCGCCAGUCCACCGACGGCACGCCCGCCGUCAGCCCCAUGUUCUUCCAGUACCCCGAGGACCCGGCUACCUGGGGCCUCGAGCUGCAGUUCUUCUUCGGGCCGGGCCUCGUCGUCGCCCCCGUCACGCAGCAGGGGUCCACCAGCGUCAACGUCUACCUGCCCAGCGGCGUCUUCUACGACUGGUACACGCACGCCCGCAUCGACGGCGGCGCGACCAACCACGCCAUCACCGGCGUCGACAUCACCUCCAUCCCGCUCUUCAUCCGCGGCGGCGCCAUCCUGCCCCUCCGCGUCAAGUCCGCCAACACCACCACCGAGCUGCGCAAGCAGAACUUUGAGCUCCUCAUUGCGCUCGACGCCUCGGGCUCUGCCUCGGGCGAGCUGUACCUCGACGAUGGCGUGUCCAUCCACCAGCGCGCCACGACCCACGUCACCUUCACGUACAAGAAGGGCAUCUUUAUCCUCGGCGGGUCUUUCAGCCUGAGAGUGCCAUUCCUCAUUUCCAAGGUGACUAUCCUGGGCGGCAGGCCCUCUGCCGCUGCCAAGUCGAGCAGCGCCGGAGGCAGCAACAGCGAGUCGUUUGACGUUCACUUGCCGUUUACUGGUCCGGCGUCUGUGAGGAUCGGUUAGCCAUAGACGCAUAUUGUAGCUUUGUUUCUUUAGGUAGGUAGACUGCAUAGGUGGUAUUGUAUUUCGGGGGGUUCUGGGCACACAGUGGCCACUUCUCCUACGCUUUGUUGGGCUUUAUGUGUAUACCCCCCUUUAUGUCACCUAUUCUGUUGAGAUACUCA